AAAGUGAAAACUGACACAACUGAGUGUUUUUUUUAGAAAAACAAGAAGAAGAAGAAAAAAAAUUGGAAAAAAGAGAGAGAAAAUGUUCUCCAUUUGAGAAUUGGAAAUCUGAAGGUUUGAGUUCAUACACUACCGAAGUUUCUUUGGUCCAGGUACAUAUUGAUAGAGUUCAAUUAAGGAGUCAAAUAAAAUAGUGUCCAAAUGGAUCCUCGGUGUGUGAAGUGUGGUCGUGGGAUUGAAAAGCUCUACAUCCAAUAUUCACCGGGAAAUAUCCGGCUCUUAAAAUGUGGCAACUGCAAGUCAGUUGCCGAUGAGUACAUAGAGUGUGAGCUCUUGAUUCUCAUCAUUGACUUGAUCCUUCACAAGCCUCAAGCUUAUAGGCACUUGCUCUUCAACGUGCUUCGCUGCAAACUUUUAGAUUUUGACACCUUAUUGUUCAAAUCAUCAUUCUUUUUCUUCUUACUUGAUGCUUACAAGUUGUGGAUUUUGAAUGGAACCUCAGAAGAACUGUCAGUUUUGAGCUUGGGAUGGAAGACUUUAGGUUGUUCUCUGUUAGAGAAUUUGGCCUUCUUUUGUGUUCAUGCUGUAUUUUCGAGGAGAUAUUUGACUUUUGUAGAGGGCUUUUCUGGGUACAAAGAUGUGUUACUCACCAUGGUUGUUUCAAGCUACUUGAAGAUUUAUAUGUUGUCCAUGUUGGUCUGGGAAUUUCCUGCUUCAGUGGUUUAUAUCGUUGAUUUGUUUGUUAUGUCAUCAAAUCUGGUAGCUUUGCGGGUGAUCUCUAAAUCAUCUUUUACUAGAUGUGUCGUGUUAUGCCUCAGUGCUCAUGCCCUGAAGUUCUUUGUGCACUGGAUGCUGAAAUAGUUAUUAUGUUCCUGUUGUGAUUUUGGGUCAUUCCUUAUACUUCCCAUCUAUUACUCAAUUGUUGAAGAUAUUGUGAACUGGGUGCUUAAAGAUUAACUAUUUGUGUGGUUAUUGAAAUUUGCCGGAGAGAUCACUCAUUUUAAUGCUAAUUGAAAGACAUACUCAGGUCUAGAAGAAUAUCUUUUUUAUUAUGUUGCUCUUUGAGCACAGUUUUUUCAGCAGGAGGUUGGUAACAUGAAUUCGCAGAAGAAUCAAACUGAAACCAAAUCAUCUAUAACUGCACCAACUCCAGCAAUUACUUCAUGUAGGAGGAAGAAGAAAGAU